CCGCCUUCUGUUGUUCAUUUCGUAAAAAGCCCACAUCCUUCAUUUUGCAAGCAGUUUCGCCACCUCCCUCUAUUUUCUCCUCACCAUUAAUUAACAUCCGCAUCUCCUAAAAUCUUCUUCGAACCUUCAAAAAAAUCAAUUGGUGAAUGAAUGGUAUCAUUAUUAAUUAACUUAACACACAACUAAUCAUAAUCAGAGAUUAAAGCCACGUCCGUCCAUCGACACAAAUGAAGGACGACGAGAGAGGAGGCGGGAUGUUCGCCGACGCAGAAACCAUACCCAGGGGCAAAUUCGGAAACCUCGCGCAUUCUGAUCCCAACAUUUCCUCCACUAUGGCCUCCGACAUCAACGACUACUCGAUGCGCAACAGCAGCGCCUCCGCCAUCAGUCCCGCCUGCUCCCUCGACCCCAACCGCAUGAGCGGCGAGUGCUCGCCCAUAACCAUGUCUCCCUGGAACCAGACCAGCUCUUCUCCCUUUGCCAAGUCACCGUGGCAGCCGUUCGAAGACAACAACGGCCCCCAGAACGGCCUCAUCGGCUCUCUGGUCCGCGAAGAAGGCCACAUCUACUCUCUGGCCGCCUCCGGAGAUCUCUUGUACACCGGCUCGGACAGCAAGAACAUCCGUGUCUGGAAGAAUCUGAAAGAGUUCAGCGGCUUCAAAUCAAACAGCGGCCUCGUCAAAGCCAUUGUCAUUUCCGGAGAUAAGCUCUUCACGGGUCACCAAGACGGAAAAAUUCGGGUCUGGCGGGUCUCUUCCAAGGAUCCGAGCGUCCACAAGCGCGCCGGGACUUUACCCACCAUGAUGGAUAUUUUCAAAUAUUCGGUAAAACCCAGCAAUUACAUUCAGGUCAGAAGACAGAAAACCCUCUGGAUCAAGCACUCCGACGCCGUUUCGUGCUUGAGCUUGAGCGAGGACAAGAAGCUUCUCUACUCCGCGUCCUGGGACCGCACUCUAAAAGUCUGGCGAAUCGACACGUCCAAGUGCUUGGAGUCCAUCCACGCCCACGACGACGCCGUCAACUCGGUCGUUGCCAGCGUGGAGGGGUUGGUGUACACCGGGGCGGCGGACGGGACGGUCAAAGUGUGGAAGAGAGAGCAGACCGGGAAGAUCAUCAAGCAUUCGCUGGUGCAGGCACUGCUGAAGCAAGAGAGCGCGGUGACGGCGCUGGCCGUCAACGCCUCGGGAUCGAUUGUGUACUGCGGGUCCUCCGACGGGCUCGUCAAUUUUUGGCAGCGCGAGAAGCAAUUGUCGCACGGUGGGGUCCUCAAGGGUCACAAGCUGGCGGUUUUGUGUUUGGCGGCGGCCGGAAACUUAGUUUUCAGUGGCUCCGCAGAUAAGACGAUAUGCGUGUGGCGGAGGGAGGGAGUGAUCCACACGUGUCUGUCGGUUUUGGCCGGGCACACGGGGCCGGUGAAGUGCUUGGCGGUGGAGCAUGACCGGGAUAUCAAUGCCAACAAGGGCCAUGGGCCACGGUGGAUUGUGUACAGCGGGAGCCUCGAUAAGUCGGUGAAGGUGUGGGGGGUGUCGGAGCAGGCGCCGGAGCUGACGCCCGUUGCUAUGGUGCAGCAGCGCAUGGGAUUCGAUGCGGACUCGCUGCCGUCGGAUGGUAGUUACUCGUCUUCUGCGGGUCGGGGCAGCAGUCACAAGCGGAGGUUGGUUAUUGGGGUUGACUGAGAAUGAAUACGGGAUCGAUCAAGGAGGACUUAUUAAUGUGUUGGAAAUUGGAACGGAGUGGAAUGAAAAUGGAGAGCAUAUGAAAGAUACGAUAAAUAAAUUAUGUUCUCUCUCCUUAAUUUCUUGCUUAAUUUGGUAAUGAAACUAGUGCUUACUGCUUAG